AUGGCCGACCCCUUCUUCCACAAGCAUAUCCCCAAGAACACCCUCCUCAUCGCUCUGAGCCUCCUCAUCCUGCCCAUAACAGCAACACUCACAAUCGCGACUUUGCUUUGCAGCUAUGUAUCGGGCGCCUCUCCACAAAAAAGCGCCAGCAACGCCCCCGGCACCAAAACAAUCCUCGUAACCGGCGUGUCCAUGACGAAGGGCCUUGUCAUCGCGCGGAUCCUCGCGAGAAAUACACCCCAUCGCAUCAUCGGCGCAGAUACUGAACCAGCCUUGAUACCGUUUACCUGUCCGGGUCGGUACUCGCGCGCCGUGGGCAAGUUCUACAGACUCGAUUGUCCAGCUCCAGACAAUCCAAAACCGUACAUUGACUCCCUGCUCUCUGUCAUCCGGAAAGAAGGCGUGCAUUUAUGGAUCAGCUGCAGCAGUGUCGUUGGGGCCGUUGAAGACGGUGAGGUUAUGGCCACAGCGCGCCGCGAAUUCGGGUGCCAUUUCGAGGCAAUCCAGUUUGACGCUGGCACUGUGCGGAAGUUCCACGAGAAGGACGCGUUCAUGGCGUAUAUCGCGGGAUUGGGCCUGGCGGUGCCGGAGUCGCAUCGGUGUACGUCUGUUGACGAGGUUGAGCGCGCCUUGGAUAACGCAGGUGAAAAGAAGAGAUUCAUCAUGAAGCCGAUUGGUGUCAAUGAUAAAGCCCGAGGGCAGAUGAUGACGCUCCUCCCGCUUGAAGCCGGGAGGGAUACCUCGUGCUACCUGCGCGGUCUGGGUAUAUCGCCCUCGUCGCCUUUCAUCCUGCAGCAGUACAUCCCCGGUAGCGAAUACUGCACGCACUCGCUGGUUGUCCGCGGGGAUGUCAAGGCCUUCGUCGCGUGUCCGUCGUCCGAUAUGCUCAUGCACUAUGCCGCCCUCCCUCAUGACUCCGCGCUCAGCGUCAAAAUGCUGGAGUUUACGAGGCGCGUUGCGGAAGACGGUGGUCCGGACUUUACGGGCCAUCUUAGCUUUGACUUUCUUGUUGAUGGUGAUGGCGCAGACGCGGCGCUGUACCCCAUUGAAUGCAACCCGCGCGCUCAUACGGCUGUGGUGCUGUUCCAGGAUACGCCGGAGAUGGCGGGUGCGUACCUCUCCUGCUUCGAGACAAAAAAGGGCCAGUCCGGUGGUCGUGAUGUCGUGGUGCCAAAGAGCCCGCGGUAUAGCUACUACUGGCUCGGCCAUGAUCUCGUCACGUUGUUUAUCAUGCCGCUGUUGGUUUGGCUCUGUGGGCGCGCAGGGGGUCCGCUUGUGGAUGUAGGGUCGAACAUUGCGAUGUUCCGGGACCAUCUGCUGUACUGGCGGGAUGGGACGUGGAUUCCUUGGGACCCGUUGCCUUUCUUUAUGCUGUACCAUGUCUAUUGGCCUGCGAAGUUGGUUGACUGUCUUGUUAGGGGGGGGGAGUGGAGUCGGGUUAAUGUUAGUACGACUAAGAUGUUUGAGCGUUGA